AUGCCACAAGGUCAAAGACGACAAACACGGCACGAUAAUAUACCGAGAGCUAUAGGCCGUCGCCGAAAUAAUAACCAUAACAACCAUAAUAACGCUUCACCCAGUGAGCGCGGAUCUCUCCCUGAUUCACAAACUUCCUCACCGUCAUUCUAUCCAAAUACUCCCGUUGACAAUCAAAGUGUCCCUCUCCCCUCACAACAACACCCGAACUAUUAUUUCCAUAGAGGUUAUUCAUUACCCCCAAUUCAUAUAGAUAAUGAUACAAAUAGUGAACCUUCUUCUCUCCCACGAAGAACCUUUUCAGAAGGUCGUCGUAGUUUUCAAAAUUCUAUUAAUGACCACUCCCUAUUUCAUGUCAACCACCACUUCUCUCCGGUUAUCGACCCUUCGCUAUAUCAAGUACGUCCUUCAGAAUUUAACUGGCAACUUCCUUACCCCCCACGUUAUGACUGGGCACAGCAAACCGUUCCUACGAAUCCGACACGUGUUUCCCCUCCUCAAAUACACGGACCAAAUUAUUUACACCCUCAUAAUGGUGAACAUUUAAAUGAUAAUAGUGUUAACGAUUGGCGUCCCUCCACAAAUGAUAAUACUGCUAGUGAAUGGCAAGUUAUAAGUCCGAACGAAGUUGAUAGGAAAGCUGAAGAUGAGAUAAUAAUUGACACACCUCGACUUGGGAGAAAGAGGGCAAAGAAAGUUGAAGAGGAAAUUAAAGGUACAAACUCAAGAAAAAGAGUUGAAGAUGUAGUAGUAACUGAUACUGGAAAUGAUGAACAAUCCGGAACAUCAAAAUUGCGCAAUCGCGGUCGAAAGAAAGUGAAGACGAUAAAUGGUGAGGAAGAAGAGAUUGCUACAAGACGUCGUGGAAGAAAGAAAGUGAAAAUUGAAGAAGAGGCAAGUCAAUCAUCCACGACUGCCGAAAGUUCUUCUAAAGCGGCAAAUAAUGAAAAAAACGAAAAGACCGAGAAAGUGGAGAAGAAUGAAAAGACGGAUAAAACUGAUAAGAAAGAAAAGAAUGAUAAGAGUGUAAAAGACAAUGAUGUAAGUAAAAUAACUGAAGAAAAGUUGUCCAAUGUUCAGCAAGAGGAUUCAAAUGCUACUGUUAUGUCUACAAAUCCUAAUGCUGAAAAGAAAGUAGUACGAAGAAGAAAAGGAGUCGUUUCUGUAGAUUCUCAUACUUCGGAUAAUCAUAAUAACAAUCCACUAGUUACGGUUGUUUCAAGGAAGCGAAGGAAAGUAGAUGAUAAAGGAAAGGGUAAAGAGACUGAUCAUAACGAAGAACAACUUUUUGCGCAAGGGAAUGGUUUAGUCGCGACACAAAUGACCACCGCCACACUUACAAAAGAGGCGGAAGAACUUUAUAAAUUCUUUCAAUCGUUAGUGGUCCCGACUCCACCUCUCAAACGAGAACAAAUGCUACGGUUAGGGACGUACGUUUUCGAUCAAAUGCUUUCACAAGCAUUUGCUCGUCCCUUCGUGAACCCCGAAUCGGAGUCUGCGGUGUACUAUAGGUCCAUUAUUAAGGACCUGAUGGAUUUAAGUACUGCCGAAACCAAACUUUGGGGAAGGCAGUAUAGUACACCCACGAAGGGAAAUACUCCUGAAGGAAUGGAGUCCUUCUUAAAAGCGAAUGAGGUGAAGUUACCUCACGAAGAAUUUAAUAUGAUGAAUUUCUCUCCGGACAGGGAGAGUCGUGUUUUUAUCGUACCCAUUUACACCCUUCAGGAGAACAACCGAACAGGUCCGCACAGGAAACUUAAGGAGAGGGUAGCUGAUAGACUUGAUCCAUUAUCAAGACCGAUCUGUGAAGCAUUUGAAGCCGAAAUAUUACCACCAAUGAAUUUUAAUCCAUCUUCAUCCACCAGAAAUUUCGGACGACUUUAUAUUGUUCAUGGUCGCAAUGCUUUAAACGAAUGCCGGGAUAGUAAAGAUGCAAUUUUGAUCAUUUUAAAAGAUGUGAACUAUAAUAAAACUGAUGUGACACUGAAAUGUAAUGCCAUAAUUGCCAAACCAUUUGGAAAAUUGGUGGAACUUGAUAGUAUUGGAUUCCCGGAAUUAACAGAUGCUCGAGCAUGGAUAAAAUGUGCAUAUCAUGACCGUGUAAUGAUAAAUACGCAAAUAACAAGAAAAUUUUUUGAUAAAUAUGUGAAAAGUUCUUUCGCGGUACAAGAAUAUCAUCCAUCACUUUGCUGGACGUCCGAAUUACAUGAAACAUUCUUAAAUUCACUUGGCCUUCAUCAUCGAGUUGAUCAAAAUUUAUCGGAUGAACAAAGUCUUUGGGCAAAACUUUCACAAGAAGCAGCAUCUCGAGGGGUUCCGUGUGAAGAAUUUCAAACGCUUGGACAUAUUAAAGUGAAAGCCGAAGGAGCUUAUAAGCGAGUGUUCCAUUAUUCAGAAGAUAAUACAUUUGUGGUUCAAAAUUUUAAAGAAAUUAAUGACCGAACUCUUGAGAUAAGAAUUCGAGAGGCAGUAUGUUGUCUUAAGAUAAAAGGAGCAGCCAAUACCGGUCAAAUUUGUUCUCUUUAUAAAGGUCCUGGUGAUGAAUUGGUUGGAAUGUCAAUGACUAGAUAUCAACAAACAUUAAAGGAAUAUGUAUUCGAUUCCAGACGAACACUUACAGGCGAACAAAAAUAUGUUCUUAUUCAUGAUAUGAUUCGAGGAAUUAAUGCAUUACAUCGAGUUGGAUUUGCGCAUCGAGAUUUAUCAGAAGUUAAUAUGAUGGUGACAGAAACCGAUAAAUUAUUAUCAGAUGGUAGCGUUAUGCCAGAAUUAGUGAUAAUAGAUUUUGGUAAAGCGGAAUUUACCCGACCGGCUGAUAUGAUGAAGUGGUCAGUUGGAGAAAAUGAUAAAAAUGUUUUGCCCAAUCCGAUUGAUCCAUGCUCCGAAGAUAUAUAUGGUAUCGGAAUUCUUGCCUGGAGAACAUUUUCAGGACAAGCACCGUGGUCUGGAGUACUUGACACCGACCUUAAAGAACUUCGAUCGAUAGUGGGAGAUUCAAUUAAAAUUAGUUUUUAUAUUGAGAAAGAUGUGAGGGGAGUAAAAUCAAAAGAAUUUUUAUAUCGAUGUAUAACGGUGGAACCUCAAACUCGAGAUAGUGCCGAAAGUUUAUUAAGUUGGUACGUUCGACCUGAAAUUAAAGAAGAAUUAAUUAAAGAAUGGAGAACCGCUGGUCGUAUUCGAAAAGAAAAGAAAUGGUAG